UUAGACAACACGGUCAGGCUCUUUCCUUGUAGCUACUUUGGGCAUUCGUCAGGUAAGGAAUAUGACGUCAGAGCCAAGAAGUUUCCCAGGUAGUUCAGAAAGUUCACUGCGAAGCUCGGUAAGAAGCAGGAGAAUUAAAAGCGGUUUUCCACCUGUCUGUCACUUCAAACCCGGUCCUUCUGUCAGAGGUGUCGGGUAUGGACAAACUCAGGGCGGUGUUAGGCGGUCGAGAUGGCCACAAUGACAACAGAAGUAUUAUAGAGACAGCGAAUGAAGCAUCCAGUCUAGGAUGGGGAACACGCGUGAAAGGAUUCAUCGCCUGUAUGGUCAUCGGAGUUGGGUGUACUAUUCUGGGAGUGGGUUGCUUGUUUAUUCCUAAAAUCGGUCUGCUUCUGUUCAUUGUCUUCUACACCUUUGGAAAUGUUUGCUCCCUGUUCAGCACAAUGUUCCUGAUGGGCCCACUGAGACAACUGAAGAGGAUGUGUGAUAAAACCAGAGCCUUCGCCACUGCUGUCAUGCUGACGUGUUUGGUGUUGACCCUGUGUGCAGUCUUAUGGUGGAAAAUCUUUAUUCUUGCUCUGGUGCUUGUCAUUCUGCAGUCCAUAGCGUUUGCCUGGUAUGGCCUGUCUUAUAUUCCAUUCGCAAGGGAUGCAGUACUGAAGUUUCUGUCCAUGAUGUGUCGCAUGUGCAUGAAGCAGUCAGUCGGAGACGUCUCCUGAUUCAACCACAGCACUGAACUUUUAAGCCUGCACUUCCCUUGGUUAGAUAGGCCUACUGUUACAUGUUAUUGCAAGACUGGCCUUUUUGCAGGGCUGCAUUUACAUUUGAAAUGUAGGAAAUCACAAGUCAUGUUGUUUACAUGUCUGUGUAAUAUGUUUGAAUUGUACAUUUUAUUGUUCUUUUGCACAGUUUUCAUUUUAAUACACUGACAGACCUUCUUGGCCUUAGGGAAAUCUAGCGGUAUAUUGUGUUUAACAUUUUAAAUGUAUAAAACUAUUUUAUUAUUAAACAUGGGUACACUUAUUGUA